AUGUUUGUUAGAGCUCUUCGUCUCAUAAACCCAAUGGGAUUCUAAUGUAGAACUUUCAGAUUCUGCUCAACUACUUAAAACAAGGAGUUAUUAGAAGAAGUCACUGCUAAAGUAUUGCAAGUCAUGAAAUCUGCUGCAAAAUGCAAAGUUGACAAAUUAUCAGAUAAAGCCACAUUCGAAGAAUUAGGAUUUGACUCCUUAGAUGCAGUUGAAAUGGUUGUAGCUUUGGAAGAGAAUUUUGGAUUUGAUAUAUAAAAUGAGGAAGCUGAAAGAAUUAAGGGAGUGAACGAAGCAAUUGCUGUAUUCUAUAAAUAUGUUGUUCAGAGGAACUAAACUUCAGUUAAAUAAUGAUUAAUAAUCAAUUAAACAAACAAUAUGAGUUUUUC